CGUCGUCGUGAUGUCCUUCGUCGUCGAUGUUGAUCCUCCUCGUGGACGUGAUCACGUUGAUUACGAUCGGCGUCUGCGUGAUCACGUUCGUGAUCGUGGUCGUGAUCGUGAUCCUCUACGAAGUCAUCAUCGAGAUCCCGAUCAACGCAAUCAUCAUCGUCGUCGUGUUCUUCCUCGCCGUCGAGAUUACCUACGUGAUUGUGAUCUUCUUACACUACAUCAAAGAACACAAGCACUACGCAUACUUAUACUCCCGGUCGGGGGGUGCGUGCCAAGCAUGGUUGGACAAUCUCUUGUCCAAGUACGGAGUGGUAGCUGGCGACUUGCACACCAAGAUCAACUGGGAUGAUCUAAAGGCGGCAUGGAAUAAGCGGUUGCAAGUAGAGCCGCCGGAGAUCAAGGCAAUGGACAAGCUAAUGGUCUUUGAACAAGGCACGCUGCCGAGUACCGACUGGAUUGCCGAGUACCAAUGCUUGACAUCCGUCCCAGACAUUCAAAUGGGCUUCAAAGCCAUCCGCCACUAUUUUAUCUCAAGGUCGUGUCCGACAUUGAGCAAUGCUUUGACUCAUGUCGAGGACACCCUGACGACAACGGCAAAACUAUUUGACAAGGCCGCGCAGAUUAUUGUCACGAACAAGGAGGCUAAGAACCUGCGUUCGUCUGCAGCAGGCCCGAGCAGAGAUCAGCAUCGGCCGAAAGUGGCCGUGGUCGCGGCGACAACACCGCUUGACCAAACUACCGAGGCUAUGUCUGCCAAUGAAGGGGACAGACUCGCAGCCGCCUGGGAAGGUGGCCGCCCCGGCAAAGGCCGAGGACGUGGCAAGCGUGGAGACGAGGAGUCGGAUGAACUGCGUGAAAUGCUUCAGAAGCUAACUCUGAGCAACGAUGCUGUGUGGGAGAGGGAACGAUUGCGGCCACCUGUUGAAGCACCCUGGAUCAUUCUUGGCCCAUACUACGUACUCUGCCUGAUGCUUGACGUUAUCUUCAACAACCGGCCACUUCAGCGGUUCUGGUUCCUCGAGACUGUAGCAAGGAUGCCCUACUUCUCAUACAUCUCCAUGCUUCACUUAUAUGAAACACUUGGAUGGGGUAUGAAUCUGGCAAACUUUCACAAUCUGUCUAUCUUGUCUAUCACUGCGAGGAUGUGCUGGUUCCCAUUCCUGCUGGUGACAAAUCCACUCCUUGGGGUCGAAUUCCAUGUCCUUGAUGCUGAGGUCAGGCCGNUAUUCAGCUAUUGUUCCUGUUUUGCUGGUUUUGUCUUGUCUCCAGAUCCACUCCUUGGGGUCGAAUUCCAUGUCCUUGAUGCUGAGACUAUUGAGGAAGAAGAAGAAGCCUCUGAAGAAGGGGGAGAGAGACUUAUCAGGCGGCGUGCAGAAAGUGGCGAGACAAGUGAGAUCCGGGGAGAAGUAUUUGUCAAGCCAUUGGACUGGUAUGACCAGUAUUCUUAUUCCAGUGACAAGUUAGAAGAAACAGAAGAAGAACGAGACACAUUCAUAACAAGGCUAGCACUAGUAACAGAUCAAAGGGAGAGAGAGCUGAUGCUGGAAGAAAAACGCACUGAACUACAUAACAAGAUGCUAGCGACAAAACGCAAAGAGCUUGAUGAUAGAAAGAAGUUGCAAGCAGAGGGGGCGAGGUUACAUAGCGAGCUACAAGCACAAAGGGAAAAGCAAGCGGCUAUUGAAGAAAAACUCGCCCUCCUAACUGAAACAGUUCUCCAUACGAAACAGGAAUAUAUCAACAAAUUGGAUGAUCAUCUCACUCGAACCUUCACUCCCGCCGUGAUUGAGAGAAUAGUGCAGUGUAGCGGCGGAGGAGGAGGUGGUGACGGAGACGGGGAUGGAGGCGAUGGAGAUAAGAAAGGAAAGGGAAGACAGCGAGAAGGAGGAGCAGGGACCAGCAACAAAAUUAAAGUUAAAAUUCCAUGGACGUACACCGGCAAAAGGGAAGAAAGCGUGUUGCAUUGGAUGGCGGYUGUAGAGUCUUAUGUCUACGGACAACGGAUUCCCUAUUGGGAUAGGGUCUUGAUGGCCACUUCGUGUAUGGCCGAUGACGCGAUGAGUUUUGCCAUCUCGUUACAAAAGGAAGCAGGAUGUAGUUCGAUGGUAGAGUUUUCCCAACAAACCCGCAUUGAAGACUUUCUCAAAGCCGUCAGGGAGAGGUUCGAAGAUAAGAAUCUCGCCCGAAGAACCGAAAUGUUAAUCUUGAACCUUCCUGACAGGAAGUGGAAAAGCACGUCGGCACUAAAAGCUACCAUGGAUGAGUUGUUGCAGUGCACCGAACAUGGGUUAACCCCGGCUCAAAUUUUGAACAGUUUUGCUCGCGCCUUACCGGAUCCCAUCCGAACUCAGUUAUAUCCCCGCACUAAAGAGGACGGGAUGACCUAUGAAAAAUUUACGCCAUAUGGACUAGCAACGCUUCCACAGCAGUUUGGGCAGGGGCUUCCAUAUCAAUACCAGGGAGCUACAUCUCAAGGUCCGGGGCCGUAUCUUGGUCAAAUGGCGAGCAACGGUCAGUACCAAGGAUACGGACGUGGGAGUGGGGGGAAUUACCAAUCACGUGCCUUCUUCACCAUGGAACACGCAGAUUUCAUUGACAAGCUGAAGAUGAAGGAAGCUAUUGACGAAGCCAGGAAGAGAGAUCUGGAUGAAAUCGCUAGAUUGAAGGAGAUGGGGAGAGAGGAAGCGAAGCCAAGAGAAAAGCAGAAGGAUACAGGGAGGAAGCCGACUGGGAAUGAGAAAGGGAAGGGUAAGAGUGUUGGCGAGGGCAAGGAAGAUGAGAUGAAGAAAUGGGUAGCAGAAAACUUUGGAGGCUCACUGAAGAUUUUGACUGAGAAGCUAGAAGUGGUAGAAAGGAAGUCGAAGCUGCAGGAGAGUGAGGUGGAGGAGCUUAGAAUGUUAAGAGCUGAGAAGGAACUAAGGGAUCUCAGGGAGAGCUCCAGCAAUGAAAAAAGAAAGCGGGAUUCGACUCCAGUCAGGCCGAGGGGGGGUAAGGUUAGAUCACGCACCGGCCUACUGAAGAAAGGUGGGAGAAGUAAAACCAAUGCUCACGUGGAGGUAUCAUCUGAUGAAGGGAGCAAGGAAAAGGAUGUUGUAGUCCAGAAUUUGGAAGGGAAACCGCAGGACUCGAGUAGCAGCCUAGCUGAGGCAUUAGUUUUGAAAGAUCUAAUCAGGGAGUUGCUGGCUGCAAAAGGCGACGGCGCAGGUUGUGGAGGGGAGGAAAGGAAGGCUGAAGAGAAGAAGACUGGAAAGCCUGAACGGGGUGGGCCGGCCGCGGGGGCUAUGGAGGCUCAGGUGGAACAGGAACCUGGGACUGUUGUGGAACCAGGGAAGGAGGAACUAGCACAUGGACUCUACGUCAGGGAUCGGGUAGUAUACUACGAUGCUAUGCACUACACGGAAAUCCAGGCCCUAUGUAAGAAGAAGGGAAUUGCUUACAAGAAGAAGGAAGCGGGGGUAUGGGAACUAGCAAGGUUGGACUUUGAAGUGCUGCAGAAGUUGGAGAAGCCCGAAGAAGAGGAGGUUGCUGCAAAUACGACCAGUGAGGAGGAUGGGGAUGGAUCGGAAGAAAGUUCUGAGGAGGAAAGAGAAUCUGGGGAUGAUGACAUUGUCGGGAAUUGAACUAAGCUGAGCAAGCGAUCUCUGCUGAGAGCUUGCAAGAAAGAGAUUGCUUUAUCAAGUAAACUUGGGGGGGAUGU